AUUGAAACCAAAUAAAUACAGACGAAAGAAAGCAUUGACGCGAAAGGAAUUUUACGAGAAAGGAAUAUCAUAUCAAUUGCAGAAAAGAAAAAGAAAAGAAAAAUGGACCCCUCCCAAGUCAAGAUCCCUCCCAUGAAGGACCUAACGGUGGACAACAUCACCGAGAACGUGAUACGGAUCAAUUCCCUCUGCCAGGACGCAAGGCUGAAAUAUAUCCUCGAGCGUCUCGUUACGCAUCUCCACGAUUUUGCGCGGGAGACUCGACUGAGCACCGCAGAAUGGAUGGCAGGAUUGCAAUUCCUGACGGAGGUAGGCCAGAUUUGUAGUGAUGUUCGACAGGAAUUCAUCCUCCUCUCCGACAUCCUGGGCCUCUCCAUCCUAGUCGACUCAAUGGACCACCCUAAACCUCCAAAUUCCACAGAAGGCACCGUCCUCGGCCCCUUUCACGCCCACAAUCCUCCAAAUCUAGAGCAAGGCGAGACCAUCUCGCACGAUGAGCAAGGCGAACCCCUCCUCGUCCUGUGCACUCUAAGGGAUACGCAAGGCAAACCUAUCGCCAACGCGAAGAUUGAUAUCUGGGAGACUGACUCAACAGGCCACUAUGACGUGCAGUACGCGGAUCGCGGGCUGGACGGCCGGUGCAUCAUGCGGAGUGCGUCCGAUGGCACAUUUUGGUUCAAGGCUAUCAUGCCUGUUUCGUAUCCUAUCCCGCACGAUGGACCCGUGGGGAAACUUUUACAGCGGGUGGGGAGGCAUCCGUAUCGGCCCGCUCAUAUGCAUUUUAUGUUUGAGAAGGAGGGGUACGACCGCCUUAUCACGGCCCUCUACAUCCGCAACGACCCCUACGAAACCUCUGACGCCGUCUUCGGCGUCAAGGAUUCCCUCGUCGUCGACAUAUCCAGAGCAGACGCCGAGAUCGCCAAGAAAUACAACGUCCCCGAGGGCCAUGCGGCCCUGAAGUAUGAUUUUGUGCUUAUCUCCGAUCAAGAGACGAAGUCCUUGAGGGAGAAAAAAGCUGUCGAGGCACUUGACAAACUGGGGAGGAAGGUUAAGAUUGUGAAUGGGUUGCCUGUGCCUGAUUUGGAUUGAUUUUUCUUUUCUUUUUUCUUGGUUUUGCUAUGGGAGAGAUCAACCCGCCUACCUAAUAGCUACCUGCAUAGGUGUAUGGUAGUAGACUAGGGAAGGAACAUGUAAUUAUAAAGACCUCAAGAUUGCUGGAGACCUUAGAAUUUACGAGGAAUCCUUCAUAUCUGCAUAGCACUAGUCCUGAUUGGGUGUCAAGGAGAGUCUACAUUACAACAUCACGUGAUAUAAUCAAUUAUGUUAAAGGA